AUGGAUAUUUGUAUAAGUCAUUUUUAUAAUAGGCAAGUGAAAAAAAAUAUUUUACAGGAUAUAUUUUACAAGUUAGAGAAUUUAGAACAUGAGGAAUUUUUAUGUUUUGAUGUAAAUCAUUGUGGUAACGUGCUGGUUGUUUGUUCAAAAACCCAUCUUUACUUUUUUCACAUAUUAACAGGAACGUUGUUAAUGGAAUAUUGUUAUUACAAUGAAGAAAAAUAUAAAAAACAUAUCUCCAAUAAUAUUGAUAAUAAACUAAAUGGUAAUAUAUGUACUGAUAAUACUUUGGAUAACAAUGAUAAUGAUUCUAUUGAAAAAAAUGAUGAAGUUAGGAAAAAUAUAAGUAGUAGUAAUAAUGACAAUAAUAUAACAGGUCCUAGAGAUAAUGAUAAUAAUCUUAUUAAUAAUUUGAAAACAGAAAAUAUAAAUAGUGUAAAGUUAAUCGGGGAUAAAAAUUAUGAAGAUGAUAAAACAAACGAAAAUUUAGUUGAACAAAAUAAUUUAGAUUAUAACAUAUUAGACAAAAAUGUAAGUGAAUUUUUUCAUAAUUCGAUGUUAGAAAAUAAUUCAUCUGUUAAAGAUCAUAAUAUAAAAUUAAAUUGCAAAAGAAAAAAUACAUUAUCAAAAGGAAACAAAUUAAGAAGAGUAAAAAAACGCUCAAAAUAUUCUCAAAAAAAUGUAAAUAAAAAUUUAGACAAUACUAAUAAUACCAAAAAUAAAAAUAAUGAAGUUAACAAUAAAAAGUAUGUUGAAGAUAAUUUUUUAGAUGAAAAUAAAUAUAUUAGAAAAGUACAAUUUAUAAAAAGUGAUAAGUAUAUUUUAUGUGUAUCAAAAAGAUAUUUAAAUAUAUAUCAAAUUUUUGAGUCACCUAUUACUAGAAUAAUUUAUAUUGAUUUAAUGUUCUUAUGUGUUGGAAUUGAAACUAUCAUUUCAGAUUAUUUGUUUUUUCCUUGUUUUUUUUCAGAAUAUUUUUACUUUUUAUAUAAGAAAAAUGAAGAUAAAAAACCUGAAGAUAUAAAUAAUAAAUUAAAUAACGAUAUAAAAUUAGUUAAUAACACAGAAGAAGGAGUAAAUAAAACUGAUGAAAAUCUUGAAUUUAGUAAAGUUCACGGAGAGAUUAAGAGUGGAGAAAAAAAUUGUAGAAAACUUAUGGGACAUUUAGACCUUUUUAAAAGUUAUUAUAAUUUGUAUAUGAGCUUGGAUUUCAAGAGGAACAGAAAUUUUGAAAUAUGUGAAGUGAAAUUCAUAAAUUUAAAAAAAAAAAAAUAUAUAGAUAAUAAUGGAAAAAAAAAAAAGAGUAUGUAUAUAAUAGAUUUAAUUAUAUGUGUAAAGGAACAAAUUCCAUAUAUUUCAAGAAUUUAUAUAAAAAAAGAAAAAGAUAAGUUAAUUGAUUUAAAUAAAGAAUAUAUGAAUGAUUAUGUUGUUGAUAUAAAUCAUACCUUUCCUUUAAUAACUAUUGAACAGAUGAGCUCUACAUUUCAGGAUAAUGUAAAAGAAAAAUCUUUUAAUACAAAAAAAGAUAUAUUUUAUUUAAAGAACAAAAAUAAAAUUAAAAAAAAAAAUCCUAGAGAAUUUUCAAAGAAUUCAUCCAUUAAUAAAAGUUAUAUGAAUCAAAAACAUUGUGAAAGUAUUAAUAUUUCUCAUGUGAAUAAUUCAAACAACUCGCUUAAUGAAAACAUAAGCCUUUUAGAUAAUGAUAGCAAUUAUCUAAAUAAAAAUUAUUUUUUGAGCAUUGGAGAAAAUGUAAUUGAUAAUCAAUCAAAUAUAGAAGAAAUAGAGAAAGUAAUACAAGAAAAAUCUAUUGAAAACAUUAAAAAAGAGAAUUAUGAAAAGAAUGAUGAGAUAAAUGAUAAAAAAAUGAGUAACCAAAUAAAUAAUAUUUAUGUAGAAAAGGAAGAAAAGUGCGAAGAAACAUAUAAAGAAAAAAAAAAUAAAAUAUGUAAUAAAGACAAUGUUGAGUUAAAUAGUAAAAGUAAUAUUGAACAAAAUAGUCAAAAUAAGGAUGAACAAAAUAGUCAAAAUAAGGAUGAACAAAAUAGUCAAAAUAAGGAUGAACAAAAUAGUCAAAAUAAGGAUGAACAAAAUAGUCAAAAUAAAGAUGAACAAAAUAGUCAAAAUAAAGAUGAACAAAAUAGUCAAAAUAAAGAUGAACAAAAUAGUCAAAAUAAGGAUGAACAAAAUAUUGAAAAUACUAAUAGGAAAAAUGAAGAAUUUAUUCAUUUGAAUAAAUAUUAUAAAAAUUAUGAAAAUGAUCGAAAAUAUACGAAAAAGUUACUAAAUACGCAUUUUCCUGUAUGUCUUUAUAAAAAAAAGUUCAAGAGAAGGGUUAAAGAACUACCAACUACAUUAAAUAUUUAUGAUAAUUUAGAUGAUCUUUUGAAAAAAAUAUCUAUAAAUAAAAAAAAUAUUGAAGAAAAAAAUAGUAUUUUUAAGCAAGAAAAUGGUUACUAUGUAUUCGAUUACUCAGAAAAAGAAAAAAGCAAUUACUUUACAUUCCCAGAGGAUUUGUUAAAAAAUAUAACUACUUUUAAGAAAUUGAAUAAAUAUAUGAAUGUAGAUAAAAAUAAGUUCUAUAUGUUUGUAGGAACUCAUUCUUACAUAUUUGCAUUUGAAAUGUAUUAUAUAAAAAACAAUGUUCCUAUUGGAGAAAAUAAAAAAAAAAUAAUAAAUUUUUUAAGAAAAAACUGUAUAUAUAAACAAAUAGAAGAUAUAACAAAUGAAAUAUAUAAUGUACAUAGUAUUUUUUUUAAAACCAUAGAAAAAAAUAUUUAUAACAAAAAUAUAAAAUUAAAAUUUUUAUUUAAAGUAUAUUUGGGAAUAUCUACACCAUUAGAAAUUAUUAUAAGAGAAAAAGGAAAUAUUUUAUGCGUUAGAGCAUUAGAGAAAGUUUUUUUGUUUAGAAUUAAUUAUAAAUAUAAUUUUUGUUAUAAUUUAGGGAUAACAAAUGAGGAAUCUUUUUUCUUGGAUGAAAGAAAUUCAAAGGAAAUGUGCAAUGAUGAUAUUAUAAUGAAAAUGAAUAAAAACCAUGUAAAAUAUAUAGAUGAAAAAGAGUUACAUAUAAUAUCUGAUAAAGCUAAAAAAAGGAAAAUUUACACAUACAGUUAUAUUGAUCACAUUUUUUUAUAUUACACUAUUCAUAACCCAAUUCAGAAAGAAAUAAAUGAAUUAUGCUAUUUUAGUGAGGAUAUUUAUCAAUCAUAUUUAUUAGUUAUAACAUUAAGAUCAGGAAUAUAUACAUUAUAUAUUUAUAAUUUAAAGCAUAUGGAUAUACAAAAUGCAGUUAAAAUAAAUAUAUCUGCAUAUAAAGGUUUUAAAGAAGUAAAGUGGAUAAAGUGCUAUGACAUGUUAGUAACUUUAUCUAAUAUAGGAGGAUAUUUAUUAAUAUUAAAAAAUAAGUAUUUAAAUAAUUGGAGUUUUUUUAUAUCUGACUUUGAGUUAAUAGAUUCAAAUAUUGAAGUAAUUGAAGAAGACAAUGAAUUUGAUAGAAUAGAAAAUGUUCAACCAAAACAUAAGAACAUAGAUGAUAAUAUAUGGAAAUAUAUCAUCAUUUAUUUAAAUUUAUUUAUAAAAAAUAAAGUUUGUAUCAAAAAUUUAAUACAUCCUUCUUCCUUGUUUCCCAUAUUAUAUACGGGUUAUUAUAAAAAUAGCCCAAGAUAUUUCUUUUAUGAAUAUUUUCAUGAAAUUAAAAAUGAAAAUAUAUUGAAUUGUAAUUUUCAAAAAAGAAUAAAAAAGAAGAAAAAAGAAAAAAUUAAUCAAAAAAUUUCCAAAAUAAAAGAAAACUUAGACAAUUAUUUAAACAAAAAAUUAGAAAGAAAAAAAGAUGAGUUUAACAAAUUACAAAUUAAAGAUAAUUCUAAUUGUGUACAAUUACUAACUAAUUCUCUUACGUAUUAUCUAUAUUACAAAAAUAUAAUAAAUUUUUCUAUUUAA